AUGGCUACAUUUUCAUCUGUAUCACCAUCAAAGCAAGGUGAUUCUUCACUAAAUAAAUAUCAGGAUGUUGAUAAUGCUCAUUCCAGCUCAGAUGUCGAUUCGUCUAAUUCUAUUGCUGUACCACUUAUACAGCCUAGAACAGCAGCUCAACAACAACCUACACGUGGAUUUAGUGUAACAUCAAUUUCGGCUAAUCCAACAUUUGCAGCAUUAAAAGGCACUACUAUGCAACUUGUUCUUGGCCAUCCAUUUGCUUACGUACGAAUAUUAAUGCAAAUGGGUUAUGAACCAUUACCAGCAUAUAGAGGAAGAACUUUAUUUGGCAAAGAAGCUGUUUAUUAUCCGAAUGUAUUUCGUUAUCUUAAAUAUGUUUAUAAUGUUGAUGGUUUUGUUGGUUUAUAUCGUGGUUUUGGUUGUUCGCUUUUAUCUAAGGUUGUAUGUUGGUAUACAACAACAAAAGUUGAUGAAUUUCUUGGUCCUGUUGAUGUUCGAGUAUCGAAUGAUCCAACAAAUUCAGCAUGGAAUAAAUGUAUUCAAAAAACUUUACGUGAAGUACAAACACAGUCAUGGGGAAUUUUCAUAUCACAUCCUUUUUACGUCAUGGCUAUUCGAUGUAUGGGUCAAUUUGUUGGCCGUGAAAAAGCAUAUUCUGAAAUAAAUAUAUUUCAAAAUGUUAAAGAAAUUUAUGAUCGUCAAGGAAUUGGAGGAUUUUUUGUUGGACUUAUUCCUCGAUGGUUACUUGAAAUUUCAGCUGUUAUUAUAACAAAUGUUCUUAUUCAUUUACUCAAAACACAAUUGCCAUCACAAAAUGAAAUGAUAUCUUUAUACGAAUAUUUUGCUACUUUCAUAGCUCAAACAGUAACUUAUCCAUUGAAUGUCGUGACAACUGUAACAACUAUUAAUCGAAGUGGACUUCGUGCAGGAAUGUUACCUAUAACACCAAUCUAUGCUAAUUGGCAUGAUGCAUAUAAUUAUUUGAAAAAGACGGAACAAUUGAAACGCGGUUCUAGUUUAUUUAAUCGUGCUGUCCUUGGUACAAGUGGCCUUCCAGCACUUGGUUCACCCAUAUAG